CAUGCUCAUGUGCUCAUAAUUAUUGGUACUAUAUUCAGUAAAGUACCACUGAGAGAGAAUUUGCUAGGGAAAUCCGAUGAUUUCCUUCCAGGCUUCGUGUAUACGAAGUAAACAUAAUAUUCUUCUUAGAACCUGGGCCUUUCCUAAGCCUGUCAAUGUCUACUCUCGCUCUUCUUCUCUGUCGGCCAUCCACCGCGGGUUGCGCAAUUCAGAGAAGGCUAGGCCACAAGGUUUUAACAGAGAUUCUUUGAAUACGGCCAGGUCAGGCAGGACAGAACGGUAUGGAAGGGACAGUCGUCAAGAGGAAUCAUCCUUCAAAGUUAAGAAAGGCAAAAAGGACAUUACAUACAAGGGUCCGGAACCAAAGUCGAGAGCAGCACGUUUCUAUGAUCCAAAGGAAUCAUUCGGGAAGAAAAGUUUAGUAUAUCAACUAAACAACAAGGAAAAUUAUACCCGUAAUGACAGGGAUGGUGGACUAUCAAAGACUCAGUUUAUGAAGGAUUUCAAUUCGGGUCCUCGGAGUCGUACACCAUACAAGUCAGAAAACCCACAUUCAUCAUCUCGAUUCGGUUCGGAACGGGGACCUAGGAAAGAACCAAAUGAGCGAGGAGCUUAUAGUUCUACCCGAACCGAAUCAUUUGGGGGAAGAUCAAAGUUCCCACCCUAUUCCGAAAAGCUUCGCAAAACACCGAUGCCAUGGGAACAAAGGGGUUCAGCUAAAACCAGGAAGCCUAUUCAAUCAACUCGGGACCGGGGGAAUACUCCGGGAUUUCAACGGUGGGACCGCGAUUCUCAACCUCCAACAGAACGGCGAGGAGCCAAUGAGGAUGAGCACACAUCGUUCCGCCCCAGCCUGUCCAAGGAUCAUGGACCCGUUCGCAUUCCACGUACCACUGCGGCAUCACAGUUCUUGUAUGGCUACUCGGUAGUUGAAGCUGCUCUGAAGGAAACGCGGCGGCAAGUUUACAAACUCUAUAUAUACUAUGGGGAUAGCGCACAGCUUGCUUCUCGAAUUGAUGGCUUGGAGAGAAAGGCAAGCCAAGCUGGCAUUCCUAUCGAGAAAGUAGAAGGCACUGCUGGCCUACGCAUGAUGGAUAAAAUGAGUGAGGGUCGACCUCACAAUGGUUUUAUCCUCGAAGCUUCCCCAUUGCCACAGUUACCAGUCAGGAGCCUUGGUCCGCUAACCGAAGAGCCGGCCACCGGCUUUACUCUCGAACUAGGUCACCAGACCGCCGAAGAAGCGCAAGUCAAUGGUACCUCCAACUUUGUCAAAUACGUCCUUCCACCCAACCGUAAACCGUUUGUUCUAUUAUUAGACGGCAUCCAGGAUCCGGGGAACUUGGGCGCUAUCCUACGAUCGGCAGCAUUUCUAGGAGUCAACGCUGUUGGGAUUACAAAAGGUCACACGGCUACUCUGACAUCCGUAGCUGUGAAAGCAUCCGUUGGCGCAUCCGAGAUCACACAACUAUUUUCAAUCAGUUCCACGCUCGAUUUUCUCACCAAGUCUAAGGAGGCUGGCUGGGUUAUUUAUGCCGCCGUAGCGCCGACCAAUCGACCUAGGGAAAGUAAGAACAUCACGUUGGACAGACUAGAUACCUACGACCCGUUGUCGUCCGAACCUACAAUCCUGAUCGUCGGAAGCGAAGGAGAGGGACUCGAUAAAAAGACGAGACGGAUAGCAGACUUCGAAAUCUCAAUACCGAACCAUUCUGGAUCUACCAUGGUAGAGAGCCUGAACGUCAGCGUCGCAACGGCCAUUCUUUGCUCCGCUUUCUUGAAGAACCAGUAUUCUGGAGGAGAAUUCGAUAAGGUUAUCGAGGUCAAGGAUAAUGAAUCUGACCAACUGUGGUGAGGCCUAGGCCUACGAUUCUAACAUUAUUCAGGAUAUGAUGCCUAAUGUUUAUGAGACAUUUGUAUGACUAUAGGGAUGGGAUGUCUUGGCGAGACAAUCCCGAUUUUAUGGACUGGGUUCUUAGGCAUAUGCAUGAGGAAUGAGGCAACGGGAUAACUUCAACCCUGGGUAUAUUUAGAACACGCCUCAUACAUUAGGUUAGGUACAGAGAGAAUUCUCUGCAGUGAGUUCAAUUAGAUACGGGAGCGGCUGUAGGUGCAACUACUCCGCUCGAAAUAAAAGAUUCCAAUGAAUCAACCUUGAACGAUUAAAUGGUAUCAAGUCUUUUUAUUG